AUGUCAACCGCCGCCGAUUUAAAGACAGUUGCCCCCGUCAAUAAUGAAGACGGAGACGAUCUCAAAGUGGUUCUCGUAACAAAUCCUUCAUCUCAACCCCACUACGUUAAAAUCUCGUUCAACAUAAUUGGUCUUAGCUGCGCAGCAUGCGUGCGAUCGACAGAGCAAAGCAUUGAGAAACUCAAAGGCGUCAAACCUGGUUCCAUCAAUGUGAACUUGUUAAUGGGAAAAUGUUCUUUGCAGAUGGAGAAAUCUUUGCUAGAUAUAGAAUCAAUAGGGACUGCAGUGCGCAACGUCGGAUUUGAUCUCGACGAAAUAAAAACCGAAGAUACAAACGCGCAUGGGUCACGUGAAGAAUCACACGAGGGCGAGAAAGAUGAUGGGGUUAAGGGAGGAGAAGAAGCCGAAUUUAAUUGCGUCACUACACAUCUCAUCAUCGGAGGAAUGACGUGUGCUUCGUGCGUAGGUUCGAUACAGCGUAUAGUGGAAUCUCUGCCAGGCGUGAAAAGCUGUCAGAUAAAUCUGUUAACCGGUGAUGGUGCAAUUACUCAUGUUUCCAAAAUGACCGGUCCACGCACCCUCAUCGAGUCUAUCUCGAACGCCGGGUUUACCGCUCAGUUGAAUCCCAAUUUCUCGUCGAACAAUAGUGACCCGCUCAACGCAUCAAAGUCCAUUCGUGAACGUACCGAGAAACAUGAACGACUUCUUCGCAAGCGAUUCUUGAUCUCCUUGGCAUUUGCGACACCAACUUUUUUCAUUGGAAUGCUGUUCAUGACUUUCUUCGAAAAUUCGACGGUUAAUCAAAAAUCUUUUGGUGUUCAGAUAUUUCCCGGUCUUGACGUUGGCACGCUGUUGAUGUUUUUGCUUGCGACACCGGUUCAGUUUUACGCGGGUUACCCAUUUUACGUGAAAUCCUAUCGUUCAAUUAAGUACGCUCGGGCGGCAAAUAUGGAUACUUUGGUUGCCUUGGGUACUUCGGUUGCCUAUUUUGGCUCUGUCAUUAGUGUGCUCAUUGGGAUUAUUAAUUCCAACAUGCAAAUGCAAGAAUUCUUUGAGACCAGUGUGUUCUUGAUCACCUUCAUCUGGUUGGGCAGGUGGAUGGAGGCGAAGGCAAAAGGGAAGACCUUUGAAACCAUUACAAAGUUGAUGGAAUUGCAACCGGAGAAAGCCAUCUUGGUAAAAAUCGAUUCAAGUGAAAAUGUUGUUGAGGAACGUGAGAUUGACAUGAAUCUUGUUCAAGUCGGAGAUAUCCUUAAGGUCAAUGCGGGAGCAAGAAUCCCUUGUGAUGGAAAAAUCACGAAAGGUACCACCGCAAUCGACGAAUCGAUGAUUACUGGUGAAUCAAUUCCCGUUAAUAAAUCGGUAAAUGAUGAGGUUAUAUGCGCCACCGUAAACCAAUCCUCCACCAUUCUUAUCGAGGCCAUCCGUGUCGGAUCCGACACCACCCUCUCCCGUAUAAUCACUCUCGUUCAAGAGGCUCAAUCUAGCAAGAAGGCGCCCAUCGAAGAGCUGGCUGACAAAAUCUCUCAGGUAUUCGUGCCAUCCGUGAUCACCAUAUCGAUUAUAGUUUUUGUCGCCUGGGCUACAGCUGGCGCAGCCGAAUCAUAUCCCAAGGAUUGGAUACCUUCCGGCGAAAAUUACUUGACAUUUGCAUUGUUCUUUGCGAUUUCCGUGAUGGUGAUCGCGUGCCCAUGUGCUCUUGGAUUGGCUUCUCCUACUGCUAUAAUGGUUGGCACAGGUGUGGCGGCAAAAUUUGGCAUACUGGUUAAAGGUGGUGGUGAGGCCCUGCAGAUGGCAAGCAGGAUUAACAUCAUCGCUUUUGAUAAAACCGGGACAAUCACCUACGGAAAACCCAAAGUCGUCAAAUCAAAUUUGUUCGUAGGCGGAGGUGCGAAGAGUAGCCUGUUGGAAGGUCGGACUAACCUGCUGUUACAGAUCGUUGGUAUUGUGGAAUCAUCAAGCGACCAUCCGUUGGCCAAGGCAGUUUCACGGCAUGCCAUAUCGGGAUUGGGCGGUGAAGACGAAAAUGAAAAGGAAGCUAAACAGCAAAAUUUGGCGGAAUACUUUAAGAAUGUUAGUCUGGUGGAUAUCACAGAGAUCCCCGGCAAAGGUUUAAAGGCCGUGGUCACCGUGAAAUCUCCACUUUGCAGAAAUCUAAUCGAAGAUGAGAAUGCCGAAAUUAAAUCUCAAGAUGAGAGUGUUAACUAUAAUGUGUAUGUGGGAAAGGAGAGUUGGAUUUGCGAAGAAAACUUUGUGUACCCUCCACAUCUAUCACACGAAAAGGAAACCGAGGCUAUAAAGUCUUGGAGAAAAUCCGGAUGCACCAUAGUUAUGAUCGGAUUAUCUAUUGCCGAUGAUGCAAGCGAAAAAAAAUGCGUGAUAGCAGCAAGUUUUGGUAUAUCCGAUACCCCAAGACCCGAUGCCGCGAAAACUGUGUCGGCACUCACAUCAAUGGGAAUCGAUGUUUGGAUGAUUACAGGUGAUCAUUCAGUCACCGCAAAAGUCAUCUCUUCUAAAGUGGGAAUUAAACAUGUGUUCGCCGAAGUGACGCCAGAGAAGAAGGCCCGUAAAAUAAAAUGGUUGCAGAAAAAUUAUCACCUCCGCCCGACCUCAAAGUAUCCCAACACGAAAUCAAAGAUAUUCGCAAACUCUUCUAAUGGAUCUAGUGAUCAUUCCAACCGUUCGGUGGUGGCGAUGAUUGGCGACGGUAUAAAUGAUUCCCCGGCACUUGUUCAAGCUGACCUUGGGAUCUCAAUCUCGAAUGCUAGCGAUAUAGCUAUUGAAUCCUCUUCCAUAAUUUUAACUCGAUCCACCUUACACUCCUUGAUAACAAUGAUUAUACUGAGCAGAGCGAUCAUAAAAAGAAUUCGAGCAAAUUUCAUUUGGGCAUUUCUCUAUAAUAUUUGUUCCAUACCCAUUGCCGCAGGGGUUUUCUUUCCUAUAUUCAGGGUAGGAUUGCCACCGGCUUUGGCAGGAUUGUUGAUGGUCGGGAGCAGUUUAAGUGUGUUGAUGAGCAGCCUUUUGUUGAAGAGGUUUAAGGAACCCCAAAUUAAGGAGAAUAAAUCCGAGAUGAACGACGCAAAAUCUUAA